AAAAAAAAAAAAACAUUUCCGGGUCCAGCCGCUAUCCAAAAAGAAAUUGCAAAACGUUUUCACCGUGUCCUCACGUUUCGGUGAGUUUAAAAAACAUCCGUAAGACUGUGGUGGAGUCCAGUGACUUGAACUUAUUCGUGUAAGCCUGUAAGAGUGUCGCUCACCCUUUCAGCCUUCAAAAUGAAGAAAAAGAGCUCCGAGAAAAAACGCCAUGUGGUAGCGUGGCUCAACAAAGCUGAAUGGGAUCAAGUAAGGGAAUAUCUUUACUCCAAGGAUUCAGGUUUACAAAGGAAUGCUCUCCAUAGGAUUUCGGCGUGGAAAGCAAGGUAUGCCAACAGUACUCCUGUGGCAAUGGACUGCACCGCGGACCUGGUGAGGUGUCAGGUGCUGGACCGGUCCGAAAAGCUGGACUCUCAUGACCUGGUUCUGCUUUAUGGAGCGGCCUUGGUGAGGUUCACUAACUUGAUCACCGAACGACAGCAAGGAAAAAUUGCCCGCUCAUUAAGGAGACUCGCCGGCAACUUGAACAUCCCAGAAUGGAUCGUCAACCUAAGGCAUGACGUCACUCAUCGUAAACUCCCUACCUUGAAAUUGUGCCGAAAGGGGUGCGAGGUGGUUCUGGAGUGGCUCCAGCAGGAGUAUUGGUCCAGACAGUUGGGAGGAGGGUCUACUGCGGACUGGGAGGCGCGGUCUGAUGGAGAGGACGAAGAGAUGGGCAUGAAACUGCAAGAGGACGAGCUAAUUGCAAGGCAAAAAGAAAGGGAGGCUUACAAGAAUGCAAGGGAACUUUUAAUUUCUUAUGAAAAGGAGCAGUAUGAUGCCUGUGGGGGGCAACAUGAAGAAAAAGAAAAGAGCACAUGGCCGGACCCUUUAGCUGAUAUGAGCUGGAUACUCGGUGAGAUUAAAAAUUUUUCUGUUGAGUUUGGUGAGUUGCUGAUUGAAGUCCUCUUAGAAGACGGCUUCCUAAUUCCAACUGCCCAACAACUGUCAUCAUUAGGCUGUGACAGCUCUGAUGACGAUUGGUUUUGUCCCACAGAGCCCAAACUUCCUCCAACUUUCCUGCGUUUUUGGCUCCCCCUCCUGAAAACGCUUAACUCACCCUCUUUCAUUCAUCUCUUCCUGGAGAAACUCUUUGCUGAACUGAAGCUUCUCUCCAGCGAGAAGAGCAAUCACAGGAUGUACUACACUUCUGCGUGGAUCUCGGAAGUAAUGCUCUGUAACAGUAACAAAAAAGAUUAUCACUUUGAAACAAAGGCACAGAAGAAAGCCAGGCUGAAGGACAGGAUUUUUGCCAACCGCAUGCAGCUGAGGUGGCAGCAGCUGUUGUCUGCCUGCUUGGAGGCUCCCUGUGCCGGUACGCUUCACCUGCUCAACCUUGUCUUGGAGGAUAUGGAGCAUCCUCUUCCUCUGGAAACCCAGCAGAGGCUACUGCAACUCUGCUCCAUCUACACCCGCACAGAACAUUCUCAGCCACACACAGAGCAGGAACAGUGGCCCAUUUACACACUGGAGAGUUUGCAUGAGAAGCUGCAGCGUUCAAAGCGCAACAGCAUUUCAUCGUUGGCGGAACCGCAGAAGAAGUGGACAGGAGAAGAGAACAAAUGGUCAGAUGCAGAGGUGCAAAAAGCAAAGUUGCUGCGAGGCUCCUUGUGGCAAGUGUGCAUUGACAAAGUUUUAUGGAAGAAUUACCCUCUUGGAAAAGUCCCCGGCCAGUCAGAUGAGCCUUCAUGCCUGAUGGUGGACAACUACUCGACUAUGAUAGUGUCUGACGAGCCGGUGGCGAUGGAGAGCAGCACACCACAGAAUGUCUCUGGACUUUCUGCUUCUGCACGGACAGCUGAUGGUCUUCUUUGGAGCCACAGUGACCUCAGCAAACUCAAAACUGGACUGCAACUUUUUUGAUUCUGAUUACAAUGUUGUGAAAUACACAGGCUUGUUGUUAAAAGCACAUCAGUUACUGGAAAUCACCAUUUGGUAUUCUUGCUUGGUUUAUAUCAACAACAUGUGUAACAAUUACAGUACAUUUUUAAAGCUGAAAGGGAAGUCUUAAAACACUUUUAAAUGUGUUACAUCAAACCAAUAGCUAUUAUUUUCUUAUGACAUAGCUCCAAAGAUAUUGAAGCGUUUUGCUAGAAACACUUUCUGUGGACUUUAUUUUUAAACAACCGUUCCCAACCAAGAAAAACAACAUUUUCCUUUUCUGCGUGUCCAUUUUUCACCGUUGCAUUGUGACAAGUUGGUGUGUAUUAACAUUUGUCAAUAAAAGUUGUGCUGGUAUUGCA